AUGAGGUCCACGGUGGGCGCCCUGCUGGCCUGUGCUGCCCUGGGACUGUGUCUGGCUGUCCCUGACAAGACCGUAAAAUGGUGUGCAGUGUCAGAGCAUGAAUACACCAAGUGUAUCAGUUUCCGUGACCACAUGAAACCCCUCCUUCCAGCUGAUGGUCCCCAGCUUGCUUGUGUGAAGAAAACCUCCUAUGCCGAUUGCAUCAAGGCCAUUUCAGGAAGUGAAGCAGAUGCUAUAACCUUGGAUGCCGGGUGGGUGUAUGAGGCAGGCCUGACUCCCAACAAUCUGAAGCCUGUGGCAGCAGAGAUCUACGGGACACCUGAAAAGCCACAAACCUCCUACAUGGCUGUGGCUGUGGUGAAGAAGGGCACAGGCUUCAACCUGAAAGAGCUCCAAGGCAAGAAGUCAUGCCACACUGGCCUGGGCAGGUCUGCAGGGUGGAACGUCCCCAUCGGCUUACUUUUCUGUGAAUUUCCGGAGCCUCGAGAACCCAUUGAGAAGGAUUCGGUGUCCUUCCCCCAGCUGUGUCAACUGUGUUCAGGCUGUGGCUGCUCCUCUCUUCAACCAUACUUUGGCUAUACAGGCGCCUUCAAGUGUCUGAAAGAUGGAGGUGGAGAUGUGGCCUUUGUCAAACAUACAACCAUAUUUGAGGUCCUGUCACAGAAGUCUGACAGGGACCAAUAUGAGCUGCUCUGUCUUGACGGUACCCGAAAGCCAGUGGAUCAAUUUGAGCAGUGCUACCUAGCCCGGAUCCCUUCUCACGCUGUUGUGGCUCGGACUGUGGAUGGCAAAGAGGACUUGAUCUGGGAGAUCCUCAAAGUGGCCCAGGAACAUUUUGGCAAAGGCAAAUCAAAAGACUUCCAACUGUUCGACUCUCCUAUUGAGAAAGACCUGCUGUUUAAGAACUCUGCUAUCGGGCUGUUAAGGGUCCCCCCAAGAAUGGACUACAGGCUAUACCUCGGCCAUAGCUAUGUCACUGCUAUUCGGAACCUCCGGGAAGCAAAAUGCCCAGAAACCCCCAGCAGUAGCGCGGCAGUGAAGUGGUGUGCUCUGAGUCACCACGAGAGACGCAAGUGUGAUGAAUGGAGCGUUAACAGUGGAGGGCAGAUAGAGUGUGAAUCGGCAGAGACCACCGAGGACUGCAUUGACAAGAUUGUGAAUGGAGAAGCUGAUGCCAUGAGCUUGGAUGGAGGAUAUGCCUACAUUGCAGGCCAGUGUGGUCUAGUACCUGUCAUGGCAGAGAAGUAUGGUGAGUGCUACAGAUUGUUUUGGGGUAUCUUUCCUGUAGGGUACUAUGCUGUGGCAGUGGUGAAGAAAUCAGACCGUGACAUCACCUGGGACAAUCUGAAAGGCAAGAAGUCCUGCCAUACUGCAGUAGACAGAACUGCUGGCUGGAACAUCCCCAUGGGCCUACUGUACAGCAGGACAAAAAGCUGCAAGUUUGAUGAAUAUUUCAGUCAAGGCUGUGCUCCUGGAUAUGAGAAGAAUUCAACUCUCUGUGACCUGUGUAUUGGCCCAAACAAAUGUGCUCCGAACAACAAAGAGGGAUAUUAUGGCUAUACAGGGGCUUUCAGGUGUCUGGUUGAGAAGGGAGAUGUAGCCUUUGUGAAAGCCCAGACUAUCCUGCAAAACACUGAAGGAAAUAACAAUGAAGCAUGGGCUAAGGGUCUGAAACUGGAUGACUUCGAGCUGCUGUGCCCUGAUGGCAGCAGGAAGCCUGUGCAAGACUACAAAAGCUGCCACCUGGCCCAAGCUCCAAACCACGUUGUGGUCUCACGGAAAGAGAAGGCAGACCGUGUUAGCAAUGUGCUUCAUUUCCAGCUGAAUUUAUUUGGAAGUGGUGGACCUGAAUGCCCUAAGAAUUUCUGUUUGUUCUCAUCUGACACCAAGGACCUUCUGUUCAGAGAUGACACCAAAACCUUGUGUAGAGUUCCAGUUGGUACCACAUAUGAAAAAUACUUAGGAGAAGACUAUGUCCAAGCUGUUGGUAACAUGAGAAAAUGCUCUACCUCCCCCCGCAGGCGGGAAACACCCCCCAUGAACUACUACUCCCGUGAUGCUCCGCGCCCCCUCGCGGCGCGGAGUCUAGGGCCACGUAGCUUAGGCGGUCCGGGUAGACGGCGCAUGGAGGGCCCGGGGGCCCCCUUCCAGCCUUACCUCGAUUCCUUGAGGCAGGAGCUGCAGCAGAGGGACCCAACGCUGCUGUCCGUGGCGGUGGCGGUGCUCGCGGUCCUGCUGACGCUGGUGUUCUGGAAGUUCAUCUGGAGCAGGAAGAGCAGUCAGAGAGCUGUUCUCUUCGUUGGGCUUUGUGACUCUGGGAAAACGUUACUGUUUGUCAGGUUGCUAACUGGCCACUACAGAGACACACAGACUUCCAUUACCAACAGUUCUGCUGCAUACAAAGUCAACAAUAACAGGGGCAACAGCCUGACUCUGAUUGACCUCCCUGGGCACGAGAGCUUGAGGCUUCAGUUCUUAGAUCGCUUUAAGUCUUCAGCCAGGGCUGUGGUGUUCGUGGUGGAUAGUGCAACGUUCCAGCGGGAGGUGAAAGAUGUGGCUGAGUUUCUGUAUCAGGUCCUCAUCGACAGCAUGGGUCUGAAGAAGACACCAUCCUUCUUAAUAGCCUGCAAUAAACAAGAUAUCGCAAUGGCAAAAUCAGCAAAGUUAAUUCAGCAGCAGCUCGAAAAGGAACUCAACACCUUACGAGUCACCCGGUCUGCUGCUCCCAGCACACUGGACAGUUCCAGUACUGCACCUGCUCAGCUGGGAAAGAAAGGCAAAGAGUUUGAAUUCUCCCAGUUGCCCCUCAAAGUGGAGUUCCUGGAAUGCAGUGCCAAGGGUGGACGUGGGGAUGCCGGCAUGGCUGACAUCCAGGACUUGGAGAAGUGGCUGGCCAAGAUCGCCUGAGGGGCAGCCCUGGCUGCAAACCCUGGUCAUCUAUGACUGACUGGCAGCAGGAAAGGGCUGUGGUGGAUAAAGAGGGAGCACACUGUCUGCAGCAUCUCAGUGUUCUAGAAACAUUGUAGCAGCCUGAGAGCCGCUGUCCCUCCCUUUCAGCUCCUUCCUCACUAGUCCUUAUUUAACAACUCUCCUGUUCUCCCUUUGGUAGCUGUUCCAUUGCUUUUAUGUGUGACAACAUGGCAGAGAGGCCAUUACCAUGAGAAUAGGCUUAUCUGGAAAGUUCUUGUCCUCUGCCUCUCUGCUCCAGUCCCUAUUCCUGGAACCAGACCUGCCUAUUUAUGGAACCAGUUAAUUUCCAGUUGCCCCUGGCAUUCUAGCAUAAUACACUGUCAGUUCUUAGAGAAGUGUCAGAUGUAAAGGUAGUUACAAUGAAGACAGAUUCAGAACCACAGAGCACAGUUGACAGUGUGUUCUUCAUGGGCUCAGUGACCUGUCUCACUCCAGCUUAAGGUUAAAAAAAAAAAAGCCUCCUGGGAACCCCUAGAGCCACCCUUACAUGAUGGAUGUAAGAGUCAAUUCCGCACACACUCAUGGUUUAGUGUGUUCUAGAGACUCUCCUGGGGAGAGCCAGGAGGCAGACACUGCUGCCUCUGGGGGUGGGUGGGACCCCAGGCUGUCUGCCUGUGCUACUUGAUCAGCUCCCUUGUGUCAUCUCAGCUCACUGCUGUGGAAUAAUACAAACCAAAAAAGUCCACUGUGUAUAUUUUUAUGUAUUCAUUCAUGCUUUUUAAAAAUUGCCUUUUCAAACUAA